AUGCCACCAGACAUGCCACCAGCCAUGCCACCAGCCAUGCCACCAGACAUGCCACCAGCCAUGCCACCAGCCAUGCCACCAGACAUGCCACCAGACAUGCCACCAGCCAUGCCACCAGCCAUGCCACCAGCCAUGCCACCAGCCAUGCCACCAGCCAUGCCACCAGACAUGCCACCAGCCAUGCCACCAGCCAUGCCACCAGACAUGCCACCAGACAUGCCACCAGCCAUGCCACCAGCCAUGCCACCAGCCAUGCCACCAGACAUGCCACCAGCCAUGCCACCAGCCAUGCCACCAGACAUGCCACCAGACAUGCCACCAGACAUACCACCAGCCAUGCCACCAGCCAUGCGACCAGACAUGCCACCAGCCAUGCCACCAGCCAUGCCACCAGCCAUGCCACCAGCCAUGCCACCAGACAUGCCACCAGCCAUGCCACCAGCCAUGCCACCAGCCAUGCCAUCAGCCAUCAUCAGCCGCGUGUCCACCUCGCUUGUAUGA